AUGUUUGUUUUAAUCGGUAUCAUAACAUUAUUAUCUAUCCUUGUUGGAUAUGUAUUUUACUUUCGUUCCAAAAGGCAAGAAGGCAAUGGUAAUCAACGAACAUCAAUUAUUACAUUAAAAAAUUCUGAGAUAAAACACACACUUCCAUUACUGCAUAAGGAAAACGUGUCGCAUGAUACGAGACGUUUUCGUUUUCAGUUACCAUCAUGUGAUCACGUGCUUGGCUUAUCGCCUGGUCAACAUAUUUAUUUAACAGUUCGACCGAUUGAUAACGAUCAACAGAUUAUUAAACGUCCAUAUUCACCGGUUACAACAGAUAACGACGCACGUGGAUAUUUUGAUUUGGUGAUUAAAAUAUAUCCCAAUGGCAAAAUGACACAAUAUCUUGAUAAAUUAGAAUUAGGUAAAACAGUUGAAGUCAGCGGCCCAACGGGGAAUCUAUUAUACAAAAAAUCCGGUUUAUUCCACAUUCGUGGGAAAAAGUCCGAUCCAUAUAAAUCGUACAAAAUACGCUCUCUAGGAUUAAUUGCUGGUGGAACCGGUAUUACGCCCUUGUAUCAGCUGAUCAAUCAAAUAUUAAAAGAGAAGGAGCAACAAAUAAAAGUAUGGUUGCUGUUUUCUAAUCGCACCGAACAAGACAUUUUGUUAUAUGAAGAACUAAAACUAUUAGCCACAAAUUCGAAUCGUUUUCAUUUAUGGUUCACGUUAAGUGAUUCUUCUGGUUCUUCUCGAGACGAUCUAAGUUGGAAUUAUAGUCGAGGACGUAUCGAUGAACAAAUGAUUCGUGAACAUAUGCCACCUCCAGGCGAUGAUAGCAUGAAAAAGAUGGAGUAUUCAAUGAAAUUGCAAGAAAAAAGAAUACAACAGAUGCUAUUGAUAGAUUUCAUUGAUCUUUUAUGUCAUUUGCCAUAUCCAGAAGACGCACGUUUUAAACUGGUUCAUUCAUUGAAAAGAUAUUAUAAGGGAAAGGAAGCGGAGCUGAACAGUCUUGAAGAAUUUGAACGUAACUAUACUCCAGAUAAAGCCGUUUUGUGGUACACACAACCAGUCUUCGUCUUUCGUCUUCUAAAUUGUACGCUAAGACAACAUGACACGACUGUUAUGUUUAUAUUUGGAUUUUUCGUACAAGAUUUAUACAGACAGCUAAAAGCGGAACAUGAAAAAUUUAAACUAAUACAUUUAGAAAAUCCAAUCUUAACCGUCUUUCGUGAUCAGUUUAUGUCAUAUUCGGAAUUUUCAUCAUUAAAGAUGAGAGAUGGUAUACUGCGACAUGUUGUUAUACGCGAUGUUUCUCACGACCCCAGAUAUCUCUUCAAAGUUUUCGAUGUCUCGUUUCAAAAUGUGUUUGAUACUGAACUGGCUAUACAUGAAUUGGGACGUUCUCGGUCAAAUUUUGUUCAUUGUGUGGAACAAUAUUUCAACAUUGACAUCGAGAAUGAUAAGCAGGUAAUGAAACGAUUUGAUUGGGGUGAGCAAAUGCUGACGGAUAGCUCAUUUUUAGAUAUUAUCCGCCCACGUGAUGUUUACGAGUCAGUAUCUCGAGAGAGAUCCUAUCAACGUAUAACAGAUUUACUGUCGGAAGUUGAUUUUUUUAGUGUCAUUUCUAAUAUGAAUGGUGAGCAAAUUGAACAACAUGAGCCGGUAGACUUUAAAAUCCAGACCAUUGCCUUGAGAGAUAAAACAAAUUCGAUCUAUGUCAGAGGUCGCUCUGUAAAACUGAAAAGAAUACUGCCAAAUGUACCACUUGAACAUCGAGUAAUUAUUUCACCAACGGUGAAAGUAUAUCCCCGAUCAAACACAACAACAAUUGUGCUGAUUGAUGUGUUUAAACAAUUUGGCCAGUUAAAAGCAGUCGAAUAUGAAAAAGAAUUGUUAUAUUGUCGUUUGGUACCAGGGAUGGGCGAGUCAAGCCAUUUUUCGAGUCCGAGUCAUUUUGACAUACUUUCGAGUCGAGUCAAGUCACCGGUGUUUCCGGGUUGAGUCAAAUUAUGUUUUCGAUUAUUUCGUUUUCUGUUUAUUUUGAUAAAAAAUCUUAACAACAAGUUUCACGACCAUAUGAAUACAUAGACAGAAAAGCUGUUGAAAAAAUUGUUCUAAUGCAAUAUAUUCCAUUAGGAUAAAAGUUAUUAAGAAGUGAUAAUUUUAUCUUAUAAAUUAUAAAUUUUUACAAGAGCAAAUGAAAAUCUUUUUGGAUGAAUGACUCGAGUUACACAGGCGAGUCAACGUUGCUCAGUUUUCGAGUCCGAGUCUUGAACAAAAUGCGACUCGAGUCCAAGUUUUGACUCGGACUCGCCCAUCACGGUUGCUAGGUAUGCACCGAGCUUUGAGUUACCCGAAAGUGAGUCGCUAAUUUCGAAUUCAUCGUAAACCCUGAACAGAUUUGUUGAGGAGAGCGUUAGGUUUGGUCUGAUAGCUCAUGCUUUAAAGUGCGUAGUUCGAAAAUUAUUGCUGUGACUUGAGAUUUAUCGAUGCGUUUUUGAAGUCUGUUCAAGUUUUCUCCAACUGUUGUAAAAAUUAAGUUAACAUGCAAAGCGGUUGUUGCGUAGUUAUUAGGCAUUCAGUGGUAAAGGUUACCGUUUUACCGGUCUAACCAGUUUUACCGUUACCGUUUUACAGGUUAAACGUUCGAUAUGAAUGCAUAAGAAAAUUUAUUAGAAAGUAAGAUUAUUUAGACAUAUUGUCCUGAUGUCGAUAUUUUAAGGAUUUUUUAUUUCUUGUUUGGCGAGUCAAUAGAAUAGAUUGAAGUAGUGUUUUCAUUUCUUAAGAAAUGAAAACACUUAACAAAGUGAUGAAAUUUGUUGGUAGAGCAGUUGGAAAUAAGUAUUUGUAAAUCGAAUAUAGAACUGCUAUGAAUCCAUAGCAGUUCUAUAUUCGAUUUACAAAUACUUAACAAAGUAGCACUCUACAAUUUACUAGGAAUAAGAAUGUUUCAGGUCAGGUUAGCACAUCUGUUCAAUGUUUUUUGUACUUCGUAUCUAUUGUCCUUUUUUCUUUUGUCGUUUCUUCGACCAGCCUGCAGUUGUUUGCGUAUUCUGAGAUUAUUAUUUUUUCCUUAAGUUGUUUAAGACUUUUCUCUAGGAAAAUGAAACACUACGGCUGAUGGCUAGAUCACAGUUGUGCUUUUUUAGACAGUUAAAUAGAGCAAAUAGUAUAGAGCAAAUGAGUGGAGAGAAGCAGUGAGAGAAGCAGAUGAGAUGUGAGAGAGGAGGAUGAGCGAUGUGGUAGGUGGUUAGGUUAGAUUUGUUUUACUAUUUCAGGCGCAUUUGAAAUACAUAAAACUUACUUUCAUACAGUUGAGUAGCAGAAGAAGAGUAAGGACAAAGCUAUUGACGUUUAAGAACUCAAAGAGCUGCUUCGGACAUAAACCGAAAAAGUCAGUUUAAUUUUGAGAGGAAACUCAUAUAGCGACAUGAAAUGCGGACACACAAUACAAAUGCCGUUUGUUUGCUAACAUCCAAAAUAGGAUAAAAGUGUGAGAUCCUUUUUAAUGUAGAGGCCUGAGAAUAACAACCAUCAGGAAAAAAAACACUUUAAUUUCGGGUAGCUCGAUCCGGUGCAUACCUAACUGUUGCGUUCUUUUCACUUCGUGACAUGUGCGUCUCGUGUCCUCUCGAUUCGUCCCUAACUGACUUUGUAAGUUUAAACUACAAUAACCGUGACGUCAAAAGUGAGAGUGAGCAAUUAGGAACGAAGCGACAGUAAACCGUUCUUUCUCUAUCAUUCUUUCCCGUUGAAGGUUUAGAACGAAAAAGCAUAUGCAACAUCCAACAUUUUCUUCGUAGCAUCUAAAUAUGUCUUAUGGCGUUCCAGAGAUUAAAAUAUAGGAAUUCUUCAUUUACGUUCUCUUCUUCACGAAAAUGCAGAUCGAUGUAUGUUUUUCUCUGUAACUGAAACCGACUUACAAGGGAAUUUCCCGAGAUAUGCCCUUCCGAUUCCAAUGAUUUGCACAUGGAUCGAUAUACCUCAGUGAGAUAGUAAAUACCCUAAAAAGAUUCGGGUUCAUGACUCUUGAAGUUCCGCUUUUCUGAAAAACCAAUUUUUCGAAAACUCUAACAAUAACCAAAACCUUUUCUUAAUGAGGCAUGACUGCAGCCCGCACAUUUCUGAUUAAAAUGAGACAUAUCCCAGCUCUGUUUGACCCUUCUUUGCAAAGUUAUAGGAUUUACAAGAGAAGCCCUAAAUUAAUUUCUUCUUAUUUCUGUUGCUUUGAGCUGACAGUGAACAUUCAGGGCUUUUCUUGUAAAUUCUAUAUAUUUGCAAAAAAGGAUCAAGCGGAGCUGGGAUAUGUCUCAUUUUAAUCGGAAAUGUGCGGGCUACAGUCAUGUCUCGUUAAGAAAAGGUUUUAGUUAUUUUUAGAGCUUCUGAAAAAUUGGUUUUUCAGAAAAGCGGAACUUCAAGAGUCAUGAACCCGAAUCUUUUUAGGGUAUUUACUACCUCACUGAGGUCUAUCGAUCAAUGUACGAAUCAUUGGAAUCGGAAGGGUACAUCUAAGGAGGUUCCCUCGUUAGAUGACCUGAACUUCUAUCCAUCAGUAACAAAAAAAAACAAUGCUGAUUAAAAACCGAGAAAAAACACUUAAACUGAGACAUACAAGGUAUUCAGAAAGGACGGGGAACGGUUUCUGAAGUGAACGGUUCAAAAAUUUCCUCUUGUGUCUUCCAGACAAAAAUUACGUUUUAUUUUUCGCCACCAGUUCAACAAUACCCAUUUACCCUUUUCCGCAAAUUUCUCGUACGAUUUCGAAGUAUCUGAGCAAAGCUCAUACAUAGGAGGAAGGAGGUUUUCAAAAAUAUGCCCAUACAGGAAAAUUGUCGAAAUACUAGGCCGAUAUCAUAAUUUUCACCUAUCUUGACACUUUAAAGGAAUACUUCUUCAACGCAUCUACUCUGAACUCAGCAUCUACUCAGCUUUAUAUUAGGUUGAGGAAAAAGUUCGUGCGCCGUGUUAAAAUAAUGAUUUUUUAUAUAUUUUUUUUUGUGUUUUUGAUCUGGUUUUGUGGCUAUUAUGAAAAUUUAUUGAUUUUUGAAACGCUUGAACC